UGCGGCCGGCGCACCGCGCUGAUCCGAUGGCAGGAGCCAGGUGCUUCUCCUGUCUCCCAUGGGGUGCAGGGCCCAAGCACUUGGGCCAUCCUCCACUGCCUUCCCGGGCCACAGCAGAGAGCUGGCCUGGAAGAGGGGCAACCGGGACAGGAUCGGUGCCCCGACCGGGACUAGAACCCGGUGUGCCGGCGCCGCAAGGCGGAGGAUUAGCCUGUUGAGCCACGGCGCCGGCCUAAAAGUCUUUUUUUUUCCUUAACGAUUGUUUGAGAGGCAGAGUUGUAGACAGAGGAGAGACCGAGAGAGAGGUCUUCAUCCACUGGUUCCCUCUCCAGAUGGCUGCGAUGGCCGGAGCUGGGCUGCUCGGGAGCCAGGAGCUGCUCCCGGGUCUCCCCGCCAUCCUCCACUGCCUUCCCGGGCCACCGCAGGGCGCUGGAUGGGAAGAGGAGCAGCCGAGGUGUGAGCUGGCGCCUGUGUAGAUGCUGGCACCGCAGGCGGAGAUGUUACCACCCACUCCACAGUGCCGGCCCCGUUCACGUUCCUGUUUCUGCACGGAGAGACCGCCCACCUCACGGCCCACUCUCACCGGAGGAUUCCUGCACCCUGCGCUCCGCCCUUGGCAUUCACAUUCUAAGCCGAGGACAUGCAGACUCCACUGGCCACGCCCGUGCCCGUGCUCCGGCUGCCGCGGGGCCCUGACGGCUUCAGCCGCGGCUUCGCCCCCGGAGGCCGCCGGGCGCCCCUGAAGCCGGGGCCUCCUGCCGCCCAGGAGCCUGCAGAGCCGCGGGAGCAGCGGGCCCGCGCCGCCCUGCGGGAGCGCUACCUGCGCAGCCUGCUGGCCAUGGUGGGCCGCCAGGUGAGCUUCACGCUGCACGAGGGCGUGCGCGUGGCCGCCCGCUUCGGAGCCGCCGACCUGGACAUAGCCAACCUGUACGUGUCGCAGCUGCAGACCCCCAUAGGCGUGCAGGCCGAGGCGUUGCUGCGGUGCAGUGACGUCAUCGCGUACACCUUCCAGCCCUGACGGCGCCGCUCCAAGCAGCUCUGGACCCCUGCUCAGUGAGCUGCUGCAGCCCCAGGACCUGCGGAUCCCGGCCCGGGGGCUUCCUGUGGAGGUGGCAGGCGCUGCCCGGCGGGACUGUGACUGACUGGGGCUGGGGCCGGCCCUGCCCAAGAAGCCCCCCAAGAAGCCCGUCUCCCCGGAAACCGGCCUGCUGUGCUCUGCUGAUGCGGCCCCCAGUGUGGCGGCGGGAACCGCCACUCCGGCAGCCCCGUCGCCGGUCACCCUGCACAGCCCGCCUCUGUUUACUUAUAGAGACCUGUCCACUCGGCGGAGUGGCAGACCCUCCAUCCGCUCGGUCACUCCCCCGUGGCCGCAGCGUCCCGGGCGGGGCCAGGGCGAGGCCCAGUCCAGAGCCCACGUUAUCCGUCUCUACGUGAGUGGAGCAUUUGAGCCGCCGUCCACAGCAGAUCGCCCUUUAAAAAAUCUUUCUGGGGGCCGGCGCUGUGGUGGAGCGAGUUAGGCUGCCGUCUGCGCCGGCAUCCCAUGUGGACGCGGGUUCGAGUCCCGGCUGCUCCACUUCCCAUCCAGCUCUCUGCUGUGGCCUGGGAAAGCAGUGGAGGAUGGCCCAGGUCCUUGGGCCCCUGCACCCGCGUGGGAGACCCGGAGAAGCUCCUGGCUCCUGCUGCGGUCUGGGGAGUGAACCAGCGGAUGGAGGAUCUAACUGCCUUUCACAUAAAAUAAUUUUAA